UGCAGCAAGGACAUCUUUUAUUAUUGGUUUUCUGUACUGGAAUGUCCACAUUGCUGCGAGAGACACGGAUAUGGCAAGAGAAAACUUUACUGCUGAGAUUGCACAGACUUAGUCACAGGAUUUGGCUGCUAUAUAAUCCACGGAACAUAAGAUGAAAAGAAUAUGAAAGUCACAAAAUUGAGAGAAUAAGAGACAACGUUCAUAUAAUUUGUUUUGGAGAUCCUGUUUGGGAAGUAAUGACUAACUGAACAGCUGACCCAACAUACUGUAAAGAUUGAUGAGCAUACUGCCAGUGUCCUUGAGACCCAGAAGAACCUGAUCUCAGCUCACAAUAAGGCACAGCAGUAUAAACUCUUUCAGCACUUAAAAGAGCUGUGUGAUUAAAUAUAUAAUUUCUACCAGAAGAAGGAGGCCAUGGCUGCCAAGCUGAACAGUGAAGGUAGUCAUAAUCGGCAACUUCGGCAAAAACUAGCUGCCCUGAGUAGACAUGUGGAUGAAAUGGAAGAUAUGACAAGGACCCUGCGGAAAAAAAAAGAGGAACUCCUUGACCUGCGCGAUAAAGAAGUCCGUGGUGAGCGAGGCAGUACUAUUCUCCUGCCAGAAGUAGAUGAUCUUCAGAAAAAGGAGGUUGUAAUAGAGGAAAAGGAUGAGGAGCUGAGCAAAAUUGAAAAUCAAUGUCAGGACCUCAAAAAGAGGUUGGAUAUUGAAUCCAUUAAUGGCCAAAGCACAAGAGAAGAGAUAAACAAACUGAACAGCAAGAUAAUGGACUUUGACAAAUUAGAGGAUGCAUUUAGCAAAAGUAAGCAGGAAUGUUGCUCACUUAAAAGCAGCCUAGAGAAAGAAAGAAGUCUGAGCAGGCUUCUAUCCAAUGAACUCGAUUCACUGAAGGGAAGGAUCAGAGAGUUAGAGGAUGUCGAAGGUAAGCUAGAGAAGACUGAACUCUUGUUAAAAGAAGACCUCACUAAGCUAAAGGCACUGACAGUCAUGUUAGUGGAAGACAGGAAGACAAUGACCGAUAAGAUUAAACAAAUGGAAGACAAACUUCAAAACAGAUCAGGCAAAAUCCAAGCUGAACAGGACAGGACUACUUUGAUUACAGAAAAGCUUACUGAGGAAAGCAAGAAAGCCUUAAAAUACAAGACUGAACUUGAAGAGAAAAUUGAGAGUGCUGCAAAAGAAAAAGAGGAUCUCACAGUGAAGUUAAAGGCAGCUGAGGAGAGAAACAAUGAGUUGGAGUCUAAAAUAAGUGUGAUAAAUAAGAGACUCCAGUCACUGGAAGCUAUGGAAAAAGAAUUCUUAAGGGAUAAAGAAGAAAACAUUAAAGCAUCCUCAAACAACUUCAGCCCAGAAGAUAACAAGGUAAAAGAACUUACGGAAGAAGUGGAGAGACUUAAGCAAAAAAUUAAAGAUAUGAAGACUGUUGAAGAUGAUCUACUGAAGACAGAAAAUGAGUUGGAAUCCUUAGAGAAGAGAUAUUCCAAUGAGCAGGAGCGAGCAAAGAUAUUGUUGGAAGAACUGGAGAAAUCAAGAAAGGAGCUGUCUAAAUAUCAACUAGCAGAGAAAGAAGAGCUCAGUCAAGAACAUAUUCUAUAUAAAUAUUUAAAAGAAGAAGAAGCUAAGUCCAGCUACCUCACUAGAGAAGUGGAGGUCCUGAAGGAAAAAUUACAUCAGUUGGCAGGUACAGAAGAUUCCUUUUGUCGUAUGAAAAAGGACUACUCGGUAUUGCUUAAGAAACUGACACAACAAGAGGUGAAGAACAAAGAAAUAGCUAAGGAGAUGGAAAACCUCACAUGGGAGCUGGAAAGAUAUCGUCGUUUCAGCAAAAGUCUCCAGCCAGGACUAAAUGGAAAAUGCUUUUCAGACCUGCAGAUCUCCUCAAAGGAAGUACAAACAGGCCUUAGGGACAAUGAGCUCCCCGACUACAGGACCUUGCACCAACUGGAGAAAGAAGUGCUAAAUGGAAAAAUCCAUAAAAACUGUGAUUCGGACGAUGACUUGACUGAUGAUGAGCUGCAUCUCAGAAAAGCAAGUGCCUCUGUGAAAAAUGCAAACAACCUGAACAACAGCAGACGAUCCAGGAUGCUCUUUCCUAAGACUAAGGAAAGCCAUAAGCAAACAAGCAGUGGUAAUGUAGUAUCUCAGCCGAAUGGGGAUACUGUACAACAAGGAGAUGUGGUACUGACACACACCCCUUGGCAGCCUCUUCACAUAAAGGUGACUCCUGACCAUGUGCAAAACACUGCUAUGCUGGAGAUCACUAGCCCCACCACAGAAAAUUCUCAUUGCUAUACCAGCACAGCAGUUAUACCCACUAGUGGUGGCCCACCAAAGCAAAGAAUCACCAUCAUUCAAAAUGCAUCUAUUUCUCCAUGCAAAGGCAGAAGUAAUUCCUCUUCUGAUGGUUUCUGCAUCCCAGACAGACCCAUGUCACCUCUAUCCAUGACGACAUUCUCGAGAGCAAUAACCCCAGAUUCUUCAGAGUCCUUAACCCCUGAGAGAGCAUUAUCCCCCAUACAGAUUGUAUCAGUCACAACCAGUACACCAGAGCGACCACAGCCCACAGAGUUUGUGGAGGUAUUGGGAAGCCACGCUGUGUUUAGGGUGACCCCAGAGAGGCACACCAGCUGGCAGCUGCAAAGAUCCAACAGCUCUGGCUCAAGUGUCAUCACUACAGAGGAUAACAAAAUUCACAUUCAUUUAGGAAGUCCUUAUAUUCAGGCCAUAAACACCACCUCUAGCCCUAUGAGUCCAUGUUUUCCUACUGAACAAAUACUAAGACCUUCAGGUAACUCCUCUAAAGGCAGCAGCAAAAUUACCAGUAGCAUCACCAUAGCACCAACUACCUCGCAAAAUUCAAGGUCCCCACAAAUUAGAGUAAGUAACUUGUAUGACUGACUUCAGUAAUCAUGAACCAACUAUAAAUCAGCAUCUCAACUCUGCCCUUGUCAAACUAAAAAAGACACAACUCUCCUCGCCUCCAUAUCCCCUCAUCUUUCUUAAACAUCUGCUGAAUUGUGUACUUUUUAGUUUUAUUUUUAGUGUGAAACCUUGAACUAAUUCUUAAAACAAAAUCAUAAAGACUGUGAAAGCACUAAUACACCAAAUAGUUGGAUUCUUUGUAAACUCACCUGUGCACUUACUGAAUAUUCUUAAAGUAAAAUUACCAUGUAAAAAGAAAAAAAAUAUGAUGCCUUAAGAAAUGUAUUUGUUUUUCUUUCACUUUUUUUGUGGCAUUGCUUUAUAUUUUAUUGAAAUUGUUUCUUCUUUUGAUUAAUUUUACGAGGUAGAGACAGAACACAGAAAUUGCAAAUAUGUCCAUGUACAUAGACCAAGGUGAAAAGGUAUUACAGGUAUGAUCACAUAGCACUUUCUAAUAACUUUCACAAGGGUGUUCAUACAUGUCAAAUUUCUUAGAAUUGUCAGGCAAAUGAAAUGUUAAUUUUUUCCAGUGUUCAUGUAUUUCUUUUCAAAUUAAAAUUUAUACUUAUGUUUUCUGUUCAUAUGAUCAAAUGAUGUGUAAAGCUCAGUUUUAUUUAUGAAUUAAAAUAGUAUUAAUGUAAAGCUUUUGGAAAAUACUGUAAAGGAAACCAAGAAGCAACAAAAAUUGAGAAAUACACUUUUGAAUGUGUACCUGGUAUAAAAUGCACAAAAUAUGAAAAAGUAUAUACCACACUACAGUUUGAAUUUCUCACCCCAAGAGCUGUACAGUCCUUGCAAUACAAAACUUGUACCUUUGGGACUGUUUUGUUACAAAAGAUUAAAAUCUUUUAAAAUAAUAUUUCUGACACAAAACCAAGGGUCCUCCUGUGAUAUGUAUCUAUUUCUGUCUGAUGUUGAUCUGUAAAUAUUUAAAAAAAUAUAUAUAUGUCUAUGAGUUUAGGGUUUUACUGUUCACUGUUUUUGUUUAUAUGUCUAAAAAUAUACAGGUAACGCCCAGAUAGAGUAUCAUGCUCGUUAUGAUAUGGUUGGUCAAUAUGUCACUUUAUUUGAGGGAUUCGCCAAAUGGUCUAUUACAUCUGCUAUAAGCUGGACAAUGUCUGCAAAGCUAUGCAAUUUGCAAGGUGAUUAAAUGGAAAAAACACACACACACACACCACCUUAACCGCUUGUCCGGAGCCUAACCCAGCAACA